GGUCAUAUUGUUGUGUUUUCAUGUGGGUGGAUGGGCGGGUCGUAGGUUGCCACCUGUUCAAGAGAAACGGUAUAGUUGCAGCCCGAACGUUCAGCCGAGAAUUCGCCACUUGUUGGAUUUUUCUGUGGACCGUGCAAUCGUAAUCGCAAAAAUGCGUUCAGAUUCACGGAACAAUGUCGAGGAAACCAACUUUGGGAGCAGCAUAAUGACGGCAGGGAUGACGUGUCGCAAGUCCUCAAGAACGUCCUGUCAACGGGAACUCGAACUUACCGACUCGUCGUCGAUCAGCGAUGAUACGUGCACUGGGUCGGAUGGACAAGGUCGGAACGGCAGCGGAGCAAUUAGGUCCGGUAACCGGAGGAAGCGCAAAUCCAGUGGCAAAGACAAGAACGUUCGGAGACUAGAAAGCAACGAGAGGGAAAGACUGCGAAUGCACAGCAUCAAUGAUGCCUUUCAGUCGCUUAGGGAGGUGAUACCACACGUCAAGAAGGACCGGCGUCUGUCAAAAAUCGAAACGCUCACGUUGGCCAAAAACUACAUCAUUGCCCUGACCAAGAUCAUAUGUGAAAUGAGAGGUGAACUGGACCCAUUCAAGGACUCGCAGGAAGGAUCUGGUGGUGCGGCUGUGUCCUCAGGCGCCGCAAACACCGGACCGUCGUCGUCUGUAGCGGCGGCAACAGCGGCGGCUGCCGAAAUCGACAGACGACUACAAUUAGCGUUACAAAACUCAGACGAAUCAAUGGAUCUUUCUUAAUCGACGACGAAGCAGCCGCCUCCAUCACAACCACAAAUCCAUCGCCAUCAACAACAACCGUACUUACAUCUUAUAAUUUCCUUAUCCUAUAUACGAUAAAAUACUUUUAAAAAUGUUUUGAUUAAAAUCAAGUCAGCUUUCUCCGUUUCCGUCAUGUCAUAGAUACCUCCUUUACUCACGAAUACGUUGCCAUUAACGUAAAAGUUACAAAAUUAAAACAUUAAAAAUAGCGUACCUACCUAUAGAUACAUAUUAUAGGUAUCCCAAUUGACCAUAGCUUUUUACAAAAAAGGUUAACAAUCAGCAUCUAGUUUUCUAGCCAGUGAAAAAAAAACCGAAACACCAAUACACACUAAACUAUUUAUAACUAUUAUUAUUAAUAUACUAUAUUUUAGGUAUAGAAAAAAAAAAUAU